UCGGUAGUGUUCCUGAUCUUUCCUUUCCUUUCCAUUCUUGAUAGAUUCUGAUUGUUGAUAUGAACAAGAAGUUGGAAUUAUAAGUUCAAGAUAUUUGCUGGUGAUGGAGCCAUGAAGAAGCUAUUAGAUUUUACAUGUGAUUUGAACGAAAAAGUUGCUGUUUUUAGAUAAAGUUUGUGGAUUUUGUACAAGACUGAAGCUAUGAAUGAUAGUGUGUUUCCUGCUAAUAACAUGUUUGGGAAUCCAGCCGAAUCCAUGAUGGAUUUCGAUUACAUGGAUGAGCUCUUAUUAGAUGGAUGUUGGUUACAAGCAACAGACGGAUCCGAAUUCAUAGAUAACAAUAGCAAUCCUAUUUUCGACCCAUGGCAGACUGUGGAGUUCAACAACUUUGAUCAUCUGCCUGAAGACGUUCAAGAAGAAAGGGCAAAAUCAUCAAGUCUCAUGAAUCUCUCUGUUAGUCAAAAUCAAAGUGAAGAUGGGUUUAUGUCAAAAACUAAUGUUAGUAGUUUGGUUGGAUUCCAUAAUCAAUCGGAAAACUUUCUAGAAAGUUCUGAGGCGAUUCGUAGAUGGUGGAUCCCGCCAAGUGUCAAUAUCGGUGUGAAGGAAAGAUUGAUUUACGCAAUCGAGAAUAUAAGGCAUUCUUCACUAAAUAAGAACACACUUAUUCAAAUAUGGUUACCUGAAAAUCGAGAGGGGAAGAAAGUUCUGAGUACAAGUGAUACCCUUUUUUCACUUGGUCCAGAUUGCCCUCAACUAUCUAGUUAUAGAAGCAUAUCUGCAAAAUUUACUUUUGCAGCCGAGGGUGAUUCAAAAGAUAUUAUCGGAUUACCUGGAAGGGUAUUUAUGGGGAAAGUUCCAGAAUGGACUCCUGAUGUUCGGUUUUUUAAAACUGAGGAGUACCCGAGAGUUGCUCAUGCACAGCAGUUUGAUGUUCGUGGUAGUGUUGCUGUCCCGAUUUUUGAUCAGGAUAGUCGAAGUUGUCUCGGUGUUAUUGAGGUUGUUAUGACUACUCAAAAGAGUAACUAUUCUCCCGAGAUCGAAGGUGUUUGUAAAGCUCUAGAGGCAGUUGACCUCAGGAGUUCCGAACCUUCAAACUCUCAAAAGUCCAAGGUGAAUGAUGGUUUGUAUAAAGCGGCACUACCUGAGAUUCUGGAGAUCCUAAAAUCUGCUUGCAAAACUCACAACUUACCGUUGGCUCAAACAUGGGUCCCGUGUAUUCAACAAGGAAAAGGAGGAUGUCGACAUUCAGAGACAAAUUUAAUCCAUUGCAUAUCAACGGUGGACCCUGCUUGCUAUGUGCACGAUUCCAGAUUUAAGGAUUUUCAAGAAGCGUGUUCUGAGCACCACUUAUUAAAAGGUGAAGGUGUAGUUGGUAGAGCUUUCAGAACAAACCAACCGUGUUAUUUUCCCGAUGUAAAAUUGAUGACAAAAACAGAGUACCCAUUAUCACACCAUGCUCAGAUUUUUGGUUUGUGUGGGGUUGUGGCGAUUCGUCUUAGAAGCACGUCCGCUGCUAAUAUUGAUUAUGUUUUGGAGUUCUUUUUACCAGUUGAUUGUGUUGAUCAAGAAAAGCAAAAGAGUUUGCUUAAUUCGUUAUCAGUUAUUAUACAAAAUGUUUGCCGGAGUUUAAGGAUUGUUACGGAUAAGGAGUUGUUGGAAGAAGGUUUGUUUGUUUCUAGUGGUGUAGAAAAAGUGCUGAAAGUUGAAGAAGUCUUCAUGGAAAAGCCUGUGGACUUUAUUAGCAAUCAACCAAAUAAUUCUGGUUCUGGCGAGGGUAGUUUGGUCAAUGAUGGUAUUAAGAGGCCGGAGAGACGGCGUGGUGGUGCUAAGACGGAGAAAACAAUCACUUUGGAAAUGCUUAGACAGUAUUUUGCUGGCAGUCUGAAAGAUGCUGCAAAAAACCUCGGCGUUUGUCCCACAACAUUAAAAAGGAUAUGUCGACAACAUGGGAUACAACGUUGGCCUUCUCGGAAGAUAAAGAAAGUCGGUCAUUCACUACAAAAAAUCCAGCUUGUGAUGGAUUCGGUUCAUGGGGCAUCCGGUUCAUUCCAAAUCGAGUCAUUUUAUUCAAACUUUCGGAAUCUUGCUUCUUCUGAUCCAAAAACAAGCUCGAUAGAUCCUUCCAAUCUCCAUGUGGUCGACUUAAAGGCCAUUGAGGGUGUAACGAAAUCACUCUCCCCGUCAUGUAGUCAAACUUCGAGUUCCAGUCAAACAUGUUCUAGUGGAACCCACCCGUACCCACACCCACACACUCCGACCGGUGAAGAUACUGGUGGCAAUGUUUUGAAAAGGGCCCGUAGUGAUGUGGAGCGCCAUGUGUCGAUUUUUAGUCAAGAUCAAGAACAAGAACCUAAGGUUCUAAAGAAAUCACAUAGCCAUAAAUCUCUCACCGACCUCCCAACAGCACCAGCACUUCCCCCUAAAGGAACGAAUGCUCGAGAUGAAACCGUUCAAAGAGUGAAAGUCACCUAUGGUGAAGAAAAAGUACGUUUUCGUCUGCAAAAGGAUUGCGGAUACAAUCAAUUACUUGAAGAAAUUGCUAAGAGGUUUAGUAUAAAUGAUAUCCACGAGUUUCAUCUCAAGUACUUUGAUGAUGACUCCGAAUGGGUUCUUUUAACGUGUGAUGCCGAUCUGGAGGAAUGUGUUGAUGUUUAUAGAUCAUGUAAGAGUGGAACUAUAAAGCUUGCUCUUUUGGAACCUCAACACGUGGGCGGUAGUUUUGGUAGUCAUGCAGUCUUGUAAAAGGCAACUUGGUUCACCAAGUCUCCACGGUUUAGUCACAUGCCCUUGUGACUGGCUGUCUUCAAUGGGUGUCGUGGACGGGUCGAUGCGGGUUUUUUUGGUAAGACCCGAGAAGCAUUUGGAUUAAAGCAUCGGGUUAUGUGUCAAGAAAGUUGUCAAUAUGUUCAUUGAUAUAUUAUACUGUAUGAUUCCGAUAAAGGUUGGUUGAUGUAUCGAUAUUAGGCUAUAAGGGUUCACUACGUGUUGGCUCAUAGAUGGGUUCUGCUUCAGGGUUGCGUCAGGAAGGUGAAAAUGAAGAACAAUGUUGGUGCAACUUAUUAGUAUGGCAUCAAAGAUAUCAUGUUUUUCAUGUCCAAAGUUUAGCUGUACAAAUUUUCUUUCUAAUAGGUACUUUUUUUUUUAUUUUUAAAUUUCAUGUUGUAGUGAAUCGUAUUAUACACCUUAAAACUUGUACAUUGUUGUAGUUAAGACGAUAGAAAUGAAAAUCUGGAUUAUGCA